AUGUAUCUGAGCCGGGACACGGUGCUUGUGGUCUGUGCGGCCGUCGUGGUUCUGUGUGCUGUCCAACACGUCUUUGCGGUGCCAGAUCCACCGUCUUACACCACGAAGCCAUCUAUUACUUGGUGCUUGUGUGAUGGAACCACAGAAUUCUCAACCACACAGAUACCAAACACCCCAGAAACAUCAGAUUACACAACAGGAGUCCAAGAGUCAACCAAUGAAGUCUUAAAGACAACCUCUGAAGAAACAGAGUCAACCGCUGAAGUCACAGCGUCAACCGCUGGAAGCACAGAGUCAACCACUGGAGUCACAACAACAGUCGCUGAAGCCACAACUACAGCCGCUGAAGCCACAACUUCAGCCGCUGAAAGCACAGCAUCACCCGCCGAAGCCACAACUACAGUCGCUGAAGCCACAACUACAGCCGCUGAAGCCACAACUUCAGCCGCUGAAAACACAGCAUCAGCCGCUGAAGCCACAACUUCAGCCGCUGAAGCCACAACUUCAGCCGCUGAAGCCACAACUUCAGCCGCUGAAGCCACAACUUCAGCCGCUGAAGCCACAACUUCAGCCGCUGAAAGCACAGCAUCAGCCGCUGAAGCUACAACUACAGUCGCUGAAGCCACCAAUACAGUCGCUGAAGCCACCACUACAGUCGCUGAAGCCACAACUACAGCCGCUAUAGCCACAACUACAGCCCCUGAAGCCACAACUACAGUCCCUGAAGCCCCAACUACAGCCGCUGAAGCCCCAACUACAGCCGCUGAAGCCACAACUACAGCCGCCGAAGUCACAUCAUCAGCCGCUGAAGCCACAGCGUCAGCCGCUGAAGUCCCACAGCCAGCCGCUAAAGUCCUAAAGUCAUUAACUGGAGUCCGUGAGUCAGCAACGCCCAUUUGGUGUUACUGUGGAAGUACGUCUGAGCCAACAGUAUCAACAACUGAAGGCCCAGUCACAUCAACCACAGGCCGGGGCACUGCAGCCAUAGGCCCAUCAACCAUAGGCCUAGGCACAUCAACAAACGGCCCAUCUACCACAGGCCCAGGCCCAUCAACCACAGGCCCGGGCACUUCAACUAUAGGCCGAUUAACCACAGGCCCAUCAAUCACAGGCCCAGGCACAUCAACCAUAGGCCUAUCAACCACAGGCCCGUCAACCACAGGCUCAGGCACAUCAACUUUAGGCCCAUCUACCACGGGCCCAGGCACAUCAAUUAUGGGCCCAUCAACCACGGGCCCAUCAACUACAGGCCCAGGCACAUCAACUGUAGACCCAUCAACCACAGGCCCAUCAACCACAGUCCCAGGCACAUCAACUAUAGGCCCAUCAACCACAGGCCAAACAACCACAGGCCCGGGCACAUCAGCCAUAGGCCCAUCAACCAAAGGCCCAGGCAUAUCAACUAUAGGCCCAUCAACCACAGGCCAAACCACCACAGGCCCGGGCACAUCAGCCAUAGGCCCAUCAACCAAAGGCCCAGCCACAUCAACUAUAGUCUCAUCAACCACAGGCCAAACCACCACAGGCCCGGGCACAUCAGCCAUAGGCACAUCAACCACGGGCCCAUCAACCACAGUCCCAGGCACAUCAAUUAUAUUCCCACCAACCACAGAACCAUCAACCGCUGUCCCAGGCCCAUCAACCAAAGGCCUAUCAACUACAGGCCCGGGCACAUCAACUAUAGGCCCAUCAACCACAGUCCCAGGCACAUCAACCAUAGGCCCAUCAACCACGGGCCCAUCAACCUCAGGCCCAGGCACAUCAACUAUAGACCCAUCAACCACAGGCCCACCAACCACAGUCCCAGGCACAUCAGCCACAGGCACAUCAAACACAGGCCCGGGCACAUCAGCCAUAGGCCCAUCAACCACAGGCCCAGGUACAUCAACUAUAGGCCCAUCAACCACAGUCCCAGGCACAUCAACCAUAGGCCCAGGCAUAUCAACUAUUGGCCCAUCAACCACAGGUCCAUCAACCACAGGCCCAGGCACAUCAACUACAGGCCCACCAACCACAGGCCCAGACACAUCAAUCAUAGGCUCAGAUACAUCACGGACAACUGCAUCACCCACAGAGACAACUGCGACACCCAUAGAGACAACUGUGACACCCACAGGGACAACUGCGCCACCCACAGGGACAACUGCGCCACCCACAGGGACAACUGCGCCACCCACAGGGACAACUGCGCCACCGACGGGGACAACUCUGACACCACGCACCGGCGAUCCCACAGAUACACCGUCUUACACCACGGAACCAACUAUUACUUGGUGCUUGUGUGCAACCACACAGAUACCAAGCACCUCAGAACCAUCAGAUUACACAACCGGAGUCAAAGAGUCAACCGCUGAAGUCAGAACAUCAGUUGCUGAAGCCACAACUUCAGCCGCUGAAGCCACAAUUUCAGCCACUGAAAACACAAAGUCAACCACUGAAGUCACAGCAUCAGUUGCUGAAGCCACAACAGCCGCUGAAAGCACAGCAUCAGCCGCUGAAGCCACAACUACAGUCACUAAAGCCACAACUUCAGCCGCUAAAAGCACAGCAUCGGCCGCUGAAGUAACAACUUCAGCCGCUGAAGCCGCAACUUCAGCUGCUGAAAACACAAAUUCAGGCGCUGAAAGGAUAGAGUCAACCACUGAAGUCACAUCAUCAGCCGCUGAAGCCACCACGUCAGCCGCUGAAGUCCCACAGCCAGCCGCUAAAGUCCUGAAUUCAUUAAAUGGAGUCCAUGAGUCAGCAACGCCCAUUUGGUGUUACUGUGGAAGAACACCUGAGCCAUCAGCAUCAACAACUGAAGCCUCACCAUCACUUGCCCUGCCAAGUGUAAGUGAUCAAAACACUGAUGAAGGUAAGUCAACUGCUACAGUCACCUGGGCUGAAGUUACUGCAACCAACUCUGACGGUCAACCCAUUACAUGUAAAGACUCUUCAGAUGACGAAGUCAGUCUAACAGGAGGCAUGUUUGAAGUUGGAUGUCAUACAAUCACCUGCUGUGUCACUAACUUGGCUGGUCGCACUGUUUCAGAAAGCUUCACAUUCAAGGUCUCAGAUAAUGAAGAUCCAGUAGUUACCUGUCCAGAUGACAUUGAGCGAUGCACAAUGACAAAUGAUGUUGUAGUUAAUUGGCCCACACAACCAUCGGCAAUGGAUAAUGUGGAUGGUUCCAUCAGUGUUAAUGACAUCACCUGUACAAAGAUAUCAGGUGGAGUGUAUGCAACCGGAGGGACACCUGUGACAUGCAUGGCACAUGACUCAGCAUUGAACCAAGGAAUGUGUACAUUCACUAUCACAGUCAUUGCAUCAGCAUCAGCACCACCAUCACUGACCGUGCCAAGUGUAAGUGAUCAAAACACUGAUGAAGGCAAAUCAACUGCUUCAGUGAGCUGGCCAACAAUCACUGCUAUCAACUCUGACAGUCAACCCAUCACAUGUUUACCAGGUGAAGUCAGUCUAACCGGAGGCAUGUUUGGCGUCGGAUGUCACACUAUCACCUGCUGUGUCACUAACUUGGCUGGUUGCACUGUUUCAGAAAGCUUCACAUUCAAGGUCUCAGACAAUGAAGAUCCAGUAGUUACCUGUCCAGAAAACAUUGAGCGAUGCACAGUGACAGAUGAUGUUGUAGUUAAUUGGCCCACCCAACCAUCGGCAAUGGAUAAUGUGGAUGGUUCCAUCAGUGUUAGUGACAUCACCUGUACAAAGAUUUCAGGUGGAGUGUAUGCACUCGGAGAGACAUCUGUGACAUGCACGGCACAGGACUCAGCAUUGAACCAAGGAAUGUGUACAUUCACUAUCACAGUCAUUGAGAAUGUCUGGUUUUGA